CGGCGGACCCGGAAGUGUCGUUGGCUGGGCGGCCUCCGGAGAUAGGAAAUUGCGAUGGUUUUUGCUCACUUGAAAUCUUUGGCCAACCGGGGGCCGACGGGCCGGCCGGGUCUUCGGUGGCCCGGGUGAACACUUAGCACCGAGAGGCUUCUGGGCCUGUGCCGGCGAGUCCCGGCCGUUUGCGCCUCUCGGGCUGGCGUCUCCCCGCCUCCAGCGUAGGACCCGCCUCCGCUUGGAACCUGGUGCUGGGCUGUCGCUUGUUUGGCCUCCCUCCGGGCCCGCAGUCCAUUCGCUUGGCCACAGAUCACUGACAGCUGGGAAAAGCUGGUGUGCAGCCCAGCACCAGACAGCCCCCUCUCUCUGUGUGUCGUUUACAACUUCCGUCCAGCGUCUUUUGGGCCCUCUCCAGGGCGGCCCAACCAGUGACGUGGAGUAACCUGUUCUGAAUCCCUAUGGAGAAGUUUGGGAUGAAUUUCGGGGGCGGCCCGAGCAAGAAAGACCUGCUGGAGACGAUAGAGACACAGAAGAAACAGCUCCUGCAGUACCAGACACGUCUCAAGGAUGUGGUCCGCGCCUAUAAAAGCCUCCUAAAGGAGAAAGAGGCUCUGGAGGCCAGCAUCAAGGUGCUGUCGGUUUCCCACGAGGCGGAUUUGGGCCUCCCGGGUGUCCAGCCUCCAGGUCUCCCGUUUCCUGACUCAGUGGAUGAUCGGUGCUCCACACACAGCGAGGACAGCACCGGGACCGCCACCAGCUUGGAUACUGCCGCCAGCCUCACCAGCACGAAGGGUGAGUUUGGGAUAGAUGAUGACAGGCUGACCCGUGGAGCACCACCUCCAAAAUCCGAAGAGGUUAGCGGGUCGGAGAGUGGCGUGAGCAGUAGCAGUGGGGAUGGGUCAUCUGGGGCUGGGGAAGGGGACAAACGGCUACAGCAGCUGAAGACUCAGUUGGCCACUUUGACCAGCUCUUUGGCCACGGUCACCCAGGAGAAGUCCCGCAUGGAGGCUUCUUACCUGGCUGACAAGAGGAAGAUGAAACAGGACUUAGAGGAUGCCAGUAAAAAGGCAGAGGAGGAGAGGGGCCGUCUGGAGGGAGAACUGAAGGGGCUGCAGGAGCAGAUAGCAGAAACCAAAGCCCGACUUAUCACGCAGCAGCACGAUCGGGCCCAAGAGCAGAGCGACCAUGCAUUGAUGCUGCGGGAGCUCCAGAAACUGCUGCAGGAGGAAAGGACCCAGCGCCAGGACUUGGAGCUCAGGUUGGAAGAGACACGGGAGGCUCUCGCCGGCCGGGCCUAUGCAGCUGAGCAGAUGGGAGGGUUUGAACUGCAGACCAAGCAACUGACCCGAGAGGUGGAGGAGCUGAAAGGUGAGCUGCAGGCCCUUCGGGAUGAGAAGAGCCGCCCAGACCCUCGGCUGGAGGAGCUUCAGGAAGAGACUGUCUGCCUUAAGAACCAUUUCCAGACUCAGUUGCAGCAGGAAAUGAGGAAGACAGCCCUUGCAGAGGAUCAGCUGCGCCAGCAAUCUCAGGUGGAAGAGCAGAGAGUGGCAGCUUUGGAGAAUCAAAUAUCCGAAGUGUCCGAACUGCUGGGCACCUAUGAGAAAGCCAAGCAGAAGGACCAGCAGACCAUCCAAAAAUUGAAGGACCGGAUUCUGCAGCUCGACCUAGAGAACAAGACGCUGGCUCUCGCCGCCUCCAGCCGGUCUCCUCUGGACAACCUUGCAGAGGAGUCUGGUCUGGAUGUCAAUGUCUUGAAGGACAAAAUGGAGAAGCUGAAGAGGUUGCUGCAGGUCGCAGCCAGGAAAAGCCAGGUGACCCUGGAUGUGGAAAAACUCUGCCACCUGGAGAUAAUGCCCACCUCUGAGGCAGCCGACGGGGAGAAGGCCACCACGCUGUAUUACCAACAGGAGCUGAAACAGCUGAAGGAGGAGUUUGAGAGGUACAAGAUGAGGGCUCAGGUUGUCCUCAAGAGCAAGAACACCAAAGAUGGCAAUCUGGCCAAGGAGUUUGAGGAAGCCCAGGAACAGCUUGCGGAGCUGAAGGAGAAGUACAUCUCCCUGCGGCUCUCCUGCGAGGAGUUGGACCGCCAGCACCAGCAGGAGGCGGAGGACUGGAAGCAGGAGCUGGCCCGGCUGCAGCAGCUCCACCGACAGGAGCUAGAGCGCAGCCAGCUGGAUUUCAGGGACCGCACACUGAAGCUGGAGGAGGAGCUGCACAAGCAGCGGGACCGGGCCCUGGCCGUGCUGGCUGAGAAGGACUUGGAGCUGGAGCAGCUGCGCUCUGUGGCCUUGUCUUCUGGGCUACAGGGGCGCAGAAGCCCCGUGGAUGGCGGGCUUCCGGUGGACCUGGCUGACACUUCUUCUGCAGAUAGCCUGACCCAAGCGCUGCACCUUGCCGCCACCAAUGAGCCCACCUUCUUCCUGUACGCUGAGCAGUUAGCUCGCAAGGAGGUGGAGAUCACAUCCCUGCGGAAGCAGAAACACAGGCUGGAGGUGGAGGUACAUCAGCUCCAGGACCGGCUGCUGGAGGAGGGGGAACGGCACCGUGAGGAGGUGGGGGUCCUACAAAGCCACAUUGAGAAGAACAUCAGGGACCAGAGCAGGGAGGGAGCCAACCUCGAAUACCUCAAAAACAUCAUCUACCGUUUCUUGACCAUGCCUGACACCCUGGGCCGCCAGCAGACUCUCACUGCCAUCCUGACUAUCUUGCAUUUCAGUCCAGAGGAAAAGCAAGUGAUCAUGCGGCUUCCAAGCAGUGGGGGUUGGUGGUCUUCUGGCAAGAGAUGAUGGCAUUUCACUUGUUCCUACGAUUUCUGUGCCUCGUGUGUAGGAAGGGACAGGCUCUGGUUUCUGCUGCCUCUUUUCUUACAUUGUCAUUUAAUUUUUCACUGUGUGGGACGGGAGGGAGUCUCCAGUGUGGGGCUGGGGUUUUUCUGCCAAAUGCCAUUAAUGCCACUUUUUUCCUUGGGCCCUAGAAGUUCCUGAAGUGUUAGAACAACAUCUUCUGUUGUGUCUAAAUCAGCGGGAGAGGAGGGGGAGGUUAGAAUUGAGAGAUAUGAAAGUUGGGCAAGUGGUGAGAAUAGAUUUUUAUUUGAGUAUUAUGUUCCUAGCUCAGAGCUGGGCAUAAAUGUGACUCCAAAGGGAGUUCAGUUCAUUUCUAAACAUUCAAAAGGACAGGCUCUUUUCUCCACCGAAUCACAAUUUGAGUCUAGUCUGCUGCUGCCCCAAUUCUAUGGGGUCAUAAAUCCAGGCUAGAGAGGGACCAUAAACUUUGAAUUGUCCACUAGUCUGAAAGACCAAGGAAUAAUGAGUUCAUCCUGGACCUGGGAAGCUUGAGCUAGUUAGGGUCUGGGCAUGACUUAAUUAGAACAAAGCACACCACUUGGGACCAUUUGAGAGGACGUUGGGUACCAGUUAGACUUAGGGAUUUCCUGAAUGGUCUGAGGACAGGAUUAUAAUAGACCUCUUUCCCUUGGUCGUGCCUUAACCUGCCUGCCUAAGCUUGGCCUGAUAUUGUGAAUGAAUGCUCUCACUAUCUUUUCCUCAGUGUUGAACUGCCAUUAAGGGAAAAAAAAAUCAUUUUGAUUGGGAAGCUCUAAUCAUACCUGAAUAUAAGACAUUAACUCUAAGAUAUGUCACCCCUAUCCCCCACUCCCUAUAUAUUCCCAAGAUGGUUUAGCCUUUACAGAGACAGGGCAGAGAAAAUUUUCUGCUGAAUAUUCCAGACCAUUGCUGAGACUUUCUCAGGAAAGUGGUGGAAGUUGAGCUGAACCUGGGCUGGGGGGAUUUUAGCCCUGUGGCGUUCUGGCCACAGGGUGUUCAUGGUUUAUUGUCAUCCAGGUACUACACUCAGCCUUUAUGGAGGUAAUAGGUUCCAGUCCACAGCCAUCCUCCCUUAGUGUGUCACUCUUAAUUUUCAUUCUCCCCUGGUUUGUAAAAAAAAAAAAGCAGUCUUGCAUUAGCGAGAUUCAUUCUGCACUUAGGGAAAAAAGGCUUAUAGUUCAGGUAAUCUAGAUAGGAGGGACUUAGAAAAGUCACGUUCAAACUUAGUUUCCCUGUCCACCUCUCCCUCCAACUUGCCCUUGAUGCUUUUGGAGAUCUUUGGACCCCAAAACCAAUGCUUUGCCACUAAUUGGACUAAUAAUUUAUCUUUCCCUUACUUCAUCAUAGAGAUCUGUUGUGAGGGCUUGGGCUGCAGAGACAAAAUAAAUAUUGUGAUUGGGAGGCUGAGUGAAGCUGGAAGACUACCUACAAACAUUGAGCUGGCUUAAUGGAACAGAAGUGAUGUGUCCGUAUGAUAAUAACAAACCAUGAGAUCAUUAAAGCUGAACAACUCA